UCUAAACGCAACGGCUGUAGUCGAGGCAGCUUCAAGGUACCCGCCGUCGUCACUUCGCUCUUUUUGAGAGUCUGUUCCAUCAUAGGACCUGGAGUGGUUGCUGUAAUGGAAGGAAUCAAUAAUUUCAAGACACCAAACAGAUUAUCUGAAAAAAGGAAAUCUGUAUUAUCAACUCCAUGUAUAAAUAUUCCUGCCUCUCCAUUUAUGCAGAAGCUUGGCUAUGGAACUGGAGUGAAUGUUUACCUAAUGAAAAGAUCUCCAAGAGGCUUGUCUCAUUCUCCCUGGGCUGUGAAAAAGAUUAAUCCUAUAUGUAAUGAUCACUAUCGAAGUAUAUAUCAAAAGAGACUGACUGAUGAAGCUAAGAUUUUGAAAAACCUUCAUCAUCCAAACAUUGUGGGUUACCGUGCUUUUACUGAAGCCAGCGAUGGCAGUAUGUGCCUUGCUAUGGAGUAUGGAGGGGAAAAAUCUCUAAAUGACUUAAUAGAAGAGCGAUAUAAACACAGCCAAGGUCCUUUUCCAGCAGCUAUAAUUUUAAAAGUUGCUUUAAACAUGGCAAGAGGGUUAAAGGUCUAUUUCGUUGCCAUGACUGAUCCCGAGGCCUGUUACAUUGGCACUGAGCCGUGGAAACCCAAGGAAGCUUUGGAGGAAAAUGGCAUUAUUACUGACAAGGCAGAUAUAUUUGCCUUUGGCCUUACUCUGUGGGAAAUGAUGACUUUAUCCAUUCCACACGUUAAUCUUAACCUUGCAGACGAUGAUGGUGAUGAAGAUACAACUUUUGAUGAAAGUGAGUUUGAUGAUGAAGCUUACUAUGAAGCUUUGGGAACCAGGCCACCUAUUAACAUGGGCGAACUGGAUGAAUCAUACCAGAAAGCGAUUGAACUCUUCUCUGUGUGCACUAAUGAAGAUCCGACAGCUCGCCCUUCUGCCGCACACAUCGUUGAAGCUCUGGAAUUAGAUGGCCAGUGAUUGUGUUCUUGAUGGUUACAUUAUGAUCUGCAGUUAUAGCCUCUAGAAGUGGCCUAUUUUAAGUCUAUAAUGCCCUGUUAAUUUUAACUGAAUAGCUGUUUAACGUAAGGGUACUUCUUAUGUUCUUAGGAUGAUAAGCACUUAGUAUUAUACUGGAUUUUCUGUGAAGUUAAAAAAAAAAAAAAAAUAGAGCGGUGGUUAGAUAUUCCACAGACUUAAAACACCAGCAAUAAAAUGCUAUAUAAACUGUUCUCACAUUAAUGUGAGUGACCAUUCUUUUAUCUUUCCUAUAUAUUCUUGUAGUGGGUCUAUUAAAAUUAGCACUAACUAAAAAAAAUUUUAAAAUACAAUUAGCACUUUAUACACUGCAAAGUCUACAUUUACCUAUGUUUUAAAAUAUCAGAACUUUUGCUGACACUGUUUGAAUCUCUGGUAUCUUCAUGAUUAGGUACAACUUACGAUGCGACUUGGGUGACGAAGCGUACCGUGCAGCCUGGCUGCUGCGCUUGUUAAGUGGCCGCCAGACCCUGAGAAUAUGAUCUGAGUAGCUGCUUGGGUAUUUCUAGAUGGGGGCUACAGCUUGUCCUGCUGUUUUCGAUUAAUGUUUUAAUUUAUUAAAUGUAUUUCCUGUACUAAGGUGCCCUUUUUACCUUUUAUUUACUAAUAUGUAUCCUAAG